AUGGCGGGUUUGGAGGCGAGACCUACAUCGGUAGGCCAGCCAGGGAUGACGACGCAGGGAGCGGAAGGGCCGUGGACGAAGGGGACUACUUCGCCCUGCAAAGGUUCUAGCGGGGGCCAGCAGCAGCAGCAAGAGGUGGAGGGGUUUGUGAAGGUGUCGAGCGUCGGGGCGAGCGGGGAAGAAGGAUCCCAAUGCUGGGAGGACGCGGUGGCGGCGACCCCAGCAGAGGGAACGCCUGACCAGUGCCCCGAGAUGCAUUUGGAGAGCGAUGACGAGGGCCCGCCGGCAGCAGGUAGUGCGGUGAUGCUCGGAGAGCCGAUCACGGACUCCAAGGCUCUGAUGGCCGUGAGGAUGCCUCUCACGAACAAGCAGAGUCGCAAGGCCUCGGGAGAAGAUGCGUUCGAGGCGACUAUUGCCGAGCACGGCGGCAGCAACGGAGUGCGAGCUAUCCACGAUCUCGUAUCUGGGUCGCUGACGGCGGUGCUUUCGGCAAGCCUGCAGCCAGGGGUGGUCUGGGUGGGCGGGACAGGCCUACGAUCGGCGGUGAUGGCGGGUUUGGAGGCGAGACCUACAUCGGUGGGCCGGCGAGGGGGGUCUGAUCAGACUGUUGGUUGGCUCUCGUCGUCAUGUGACAGGGAGGCCGGGUCAGGCGGCGCUGGCGGUGCCGGCGGUGCUGGCGUGGAUGGAUUUGGCGGGGUCAUGUGGACAGGGACGACGACGCGGGGCGCGGGAGGGUCGUUGCAGAAGGAGACUACUUCGUUGAUGUCUUCGGCGACGGAAGCAAGGGGAGGCGAGCGCCCCCGCCCGCUGCAGCCCCGCACAGGUUCGAGCGGGGGCCAGCAGCAGCAAGAGGUGGAGGGGUUUGUGAAGGACGCGUUGGCGGCGACCCCGGCAAAGGGAACGUCCGACCAGUGUCCCGAGAUGCACUUGGAGAGCAAUGACGAGGGCCCGCUGGCAGCAGGUGUUGCGGUGAUGCUCGGAGAGCCGAUCACGGACUCCAAGGUUCUGAUGGCCGUGAGGAUGCCUCUCACGAACAACCAGAUGCCUCAAGGCUUGGGGGAAGAUGCAUUCGAGGCGACUAUCGUCGAGCAUGUCGACCGCAAGGGAGUGCGAGCUAUCCACGAUCUCGUGUCUGGCAAAGCGCGGAAGCACAACAGGGCAGCGCCAGCAGCAGCAGCAGCAGCAGCAGCAGCAGCAGCAGCAGCAGCAGCAGCAGCAGCAGCAGCAGUAGCAGCAGCCGAAGCAACAGCAGCGGCGGCCGGCAUGGUCACGGCCGGCCGUUUGGGUGUGCGUUCCCGUCGCAGGGUUGCUGACGGCGGUGCUUUCGGCAAGCCUGCAGCAAGGGGUGGUCUGAGUGUGCGGGACAGGCCUACGACCGGCGGUGAUGGCGGGUUUGGAGGCGAGACCUACAUCGGUGGGCCAGCCAGGGUGUCUGACCAGACUGUUGGUUGGCUCUCGUCGUCAUGUGACAGGGAGGCCGGGUCAGGCGGCGCUUGUUGUGCCGGCGGUGCUGGCGUGGAUGGAUUUGGUGGUGGCAUUGUUCGUGUGUCUGGAUACGAGCAUGGUAGAUCUUCUAGCAGAACGGGGGGAACCGGAGGGACCACUCCGGACGGCUCGCAGGCAGGAGACACAAAUAGCAGCGAGCAGAUCGACAGCAUGCGGUCUGAGAUCAGUUCGCUGACACAGCAAAUGGGCCAGCUGGUGCAGCUGGUCGGAGGACUUGCUGCACGUAUAGAGGAGAAGUCCGGCGGUGCCACGGAGGGCGCCGCUGAAAGCGGCGGCGCCGUGGAGAGCGUCGCCACAAGCACUGCAGGUCAUUUUGGGACCGUGCAGUACGACGGGAGCGCGCAGGCAGCGGACCUGCGAAGAGAGUCUGGUCCUUCGGGACGACACAGCGGCGAAGUAGGGGGUUCAGACCCCCAAGAGGUGAGAGUAGCCGCUGCUCACAAUCAAGCUUGUUUCAGCAGCGCCAUGGGAAGUGGUUCUGCUGUCUUCGGUAGUGCGAGCGUGGGAUACCAAAGCGUGAAGUACACAGCGCCCACGUUCAGCGGAGACGCCAAGAGCUUUUCUUCGUGGCUAGAGGAUUUUUUGAUGGCAGCGAACACAGCAAACCUUCUUGAGCUUUUCGAGGAGGGGGGGACGGAGAUCCCCGUAAACAGUGGGCAGAGCAAAGUCCAACUGUCCAGGUUUUACCCGCACGACAAAGUAGAGCUCGCUUUCCACGCGUGGAAUUUCCUCCGUGGAGCUCUCAAGGACGAGAAAGACAGGACAAUAAUGAAGCGAGCUGAGUCGCCCCUGGGGGCGCUCCGUGAGCUGAAGGGGUUGUACGACCCAGAAUCGUCCAUGCAGCCUGCGGAUGAGUUAAAAUCCCUGACAUCCAAGAAGAUCCCGAUGGCAGAGAAUCCGCAACAUGCUCUCAACAGUAUGCUCGCCACCGCAGAGUCCCUUUCGAAACGGGGGCUUGAUGUUAACGAAACCUUCGUUUUGCACCUCUUCUUGGAUGCCCUCUCCACCGACGCUAUGACCAAGCACGCCCUCAGACACAAGGAGAGGUUGACAAAGAGUGACGUCCUGAAGGAGGCCUACCUCGCCGAUGGAGGCGGCCGCCGUGGGCGGUCGUCGUGGCGUGGGGGCGGCCGCCGAGGGCGGUCGUCCUGGCGUGGUCGUGGCGGUGGCCGCAGCGGCGGCCGCGGGGGCGGCGACAGCAGCGGAAAAGGCGGUGGCGGCGUCGAGGAGAGCAAGGGGAGUGGCUCUGGUGGGGCAGAUGGCGGCGGUACCGGGGACAAGAAGUUCCCGGGCCGGUGCUUCACGUGUGGCUGUUUCGGACACACGCAGCAGGACUGCACCACCAAGGAGAGCGACUACCUCCCGCAGUGCUCACACUGCGCAGGAUGGGGUCACAGCAAGGACAAGUGCGCGACGGAGGAGGCCGUCCUGGCGCAGAUCGUCCAUGCCGACAGCGACGCCGACUCCGUCGACAACCAGGCCUUCUGCGCGGCGCCGGGCCUGGCAGGCGAGUGUGGUGCUGUUGACCUAGGUCUAGUGGGGGUAACGGA